AUGGACAACAAGAGCGGAAUGGUGGCAAAAAUCCACACCAGGAUAAGAUCGGAUCCCUUCGCGGCCAAUUAUGAGCUGGCUGCCAAAGAACUGGGCCGGGGAAAGUUUGCUGUGGUGAAGAAGUGCACGGAGAAAGCGACCGGCAAGCAGUACGCCGCCAAGUUCCUGCGAAAGCGGCGGAAGGGCCAGGACUGCCGCGUGGACAUUCUCAACGAAAUCGCCGUGCUGGAGCUGGCCAAGUGCAACCCGUACGUAGUGGCUCUGCACGAGGUCUACGAGACGACCACGGAGAUCGUGCUGGUGCUGGAAUGUGCCGCCGGUGGCGAGAUCUUCGAUCAAUGCGUCGCCGAUAACGACGAUGCCUUCAAGGAGCAAGAUGUGAUCCGGUUGGCCCGGCAGAUCUUAAUGGGGGUGGACUUCCUGCAUCGGAACAAUGUGGUGCAUCUGGAUCUAAAGCCGCAGAACAUUUUGCUGACCAGCGCCAGGCCUUUGGGUGACAUCCGGAUAGUUGACUUCGGCCUGUCCAGACGGGUGGAUAGCAUCAGCGAGGUCCGGGAGAUUCUGGGUACUCCGGAGUAUGUUGCUCCCGAGAUUCUCAACUACGAACCCAUCAGCACCGCUACAGACAUGUGGAGCAUCGGCGUUCUGACCUACGUCAUGCUAACCGGCGAGUCGCCCUUCCUGGGCGAAGACAAGCAGGAGACAUUUCUCAACAUCUCCCAGGUCAACGUGGAGUACUCGCACGACACCUUCCAGGACAUCUCGCCGCCGGCCGUCGACUUCAUCAAGUCCCUGUUGGUGAAAAACCCCAGGAAGAGAGCCACAGCUGAGGAAUGCCUAAGCCACCCUUGGCUGAACCCGCUCCCCCUCGCGCACCACCACCUCCAGCCCGCGCUGUCCUCGUCAUCCCUGGACGGCAGCGACGCCAGCCAGUCCGAGUCGGAGCCCGAGAGCCCGGCGCCGUCUCCGGAGCUCGGCCUGAUGGGCUCCUUCCUGGCGUGCCCGUGCCAGGGCGAGCUGAAGACUGGCUGCGGCUCCUUCUCUUUCGCCCCUCUGCCCGAAAUACAGCAGGAACUCAUCUGCUGA